CGGCGGCGGACCAAGAUGGCGGCAGCGGCGGCGGCGGGGGGCUCCGGGGCCGCGGCGGCGGGCGCCGGGCCGGGCUCCUCCUCGGGCGGCGGCGGGGGCGCGUCCUCCGCCGCCGCCGCCGCGGCCUCGUCGUCCCCGGCCGCGGCCGCCUCCGCCGCGGCGUCCAACCCGCGCAAGUUCAGCGAGAAGAUCGCGCUGCAGAAGCAGCGGCAGGCCGAGGAGACGGCGGCCUUCGAGGAGGUGAUGAUGGAGCUGGGCACCACCCGGUUGCAGGCCCAGAAGUUGCGUUUGGCUCACAGCCGAGGACCUUACUACGGUGGAUCACUGCCCAACGUCAACCAGAUCGGGAGCGGCGCCGCAGAGUUUCAGGGUCCCCUCCAUUCCCCGCUGGACUCGGCGCGCAGCACGCGGCACCACGGCCUGGUGGAAAGGGUACAGCGGGACCCCCGCCGGAUGAUUUCCCCGCUCCGACGCUACAUGCGACAAAUCGACAGCUCUCCUUACAGCCCUGCGUACUUGUCGCCUCCUGCUGAGCCCAGCUGGAGAAGGACGAUGCCGUGGGGCAGUUUUCCUGCGGAGAAAGAACGCUUGUUUAGAUUGCCUGCCUCGCUCAAUAGAACAAAUUCCGACUCUGCCCUGCACACCAGCGUGAUGAACCCCAACCCGCAAAGUGCGUAUCUGGGGCCCUCCCAGACGGCACCCCCUCUGAAUCGCAAGAGCGGGUACCUAGAUACUGAUACAGAUAGCAAAGUGUUUCUUCUCCAAGUGCCUUCCAUCGAAGAGAACCUCCUGGACGACGGGAAGCAGUCGCUGAAACCGUGGGACGCCAAGAAGCUCUCCUCGUCUUCCGCCCGUCCAAGGUCUUGCGAGGUGCCUGGGAUCCACAUCUUCCCGUCCCCAGACCAGCCUGCCAACUUGCCUCUGAUCCCUUCCGCCCUCAACACGGGAGGGUCCCUCCCGGACCUGACCAGCCUGCACUUUCCGUCCCCGUUGCCCACACCCCUGGACCCAGAGGAGUCGGCCUAUCCGAGCCUCACCGGCGGCAGCAGCACCAGCAACCUGGCGAACACCAUGACGCACCUGGGCAUCAGCAGCGGGAUGAGCCUUGGCCACGGCUACGACCCUCCAGGGCUGUGUUCAUCUAUGCAGAGCUCCCUCAGUAACCCCUGCCUCCAGUCCUCGCUUAACGCCCCCCCCGCGCUGCGCUCCUCGCCCAGCAGCUCCUCUGCCAUCCCCCCCUUGAGCAGCCAGCCCCUGCCUUCCGCCCUCAGCAGCCCCUCGCUGCCCACCUCGCUCAGCAACCCUUCCCUCCCCACCUCGCUCAGCGCCCACUCGAUGCCGGCCGCCCCGGGCAACCCCAGGCUGCCCCUGCCGCCCCCGCCGCAGCAGCACCAGCCGCCCCCCGGCUUUGGCGGCCCCGGUCCCUCCUCCGCCUCCCCUUCCACUGCUUCGUCGUCCCCGGCCGCCUCCUACGCCCCUCUGAACGCUUCGCCCCGGCGCAGGGUCCCCCUCAGCCCCCUGAUCCUCCCCAUGGGCGGAGAUGCAAGAAGACAACACCCCAAACAGUUUUCGCCAACUAUGUCACCCACAUUGUCUUCCAUCACCCAGGGAGUGCCGUUGGACACCAGCAAGCUCCCCGCAGACCAGAGGCUUCCUCCCUACCCCUACAGCCAGCCAGUUUUGCCCCUGCAGCAGAGCCAGAAGACCCAGCACCAGGUGCCCGGAGGGGCCUCCGCCUCUCCGCAAACACGCCAGCCGUCUCAGCCUCCCUGCCCCUACCCGGGGCACUACCAGCCCAAUUCCAUGCUCCAGCACCAGCUCAGCCAGCCGCUGGGUGACUUUGGCUUCGGCAGCUUCGACCAGUACGGCUUUGUCGACAACAUGACGGGAGGUUUUGCCUUCAACAACAACGCCUUUGCGGAAGACGUGGGUGCCUUCAGUUACUCCCAGGGCGACAACGUGGGUCCGCCAGGGGGCGGAGGGGGUGGCCACAGCAGCAACAGCUCGGGCCCCAACACAAACGACCCCCACUUACUCGGUCGUCAGAACCUAAACAACUGCAGUCGUCACGGCCCAAUUCCUAACAUCAUCCUCACAGGGGAUUCUCCGCCUGGCAUCUCCAAAGAAAUCGCCAGCGUCCUGGCGGGCAUGCCGGGCUUCGAGAUGGACUCGGCUUCCCUGGGUCUGGACGAGGACCUGAAGAUCGAGCCACUGAGCUUGGACGGACUCCACAUGCUGAGCGACCCCUACGUCCUGCUGACCGACCCCUCGGUGGAGGACUCCUUCCGCACCGACCGGCUCCAGUGAACGGGAGGGGUGUCCAGAGCGCCGCCCGGCGGGGACAGCAGGAUCCUCACGAGCCGCGGAGAAUCAAAAGGGCCGGUCCGCGCUCCCCACCCUCGGGGACCCGGUUGAGACGGAGCGGACGUUUUGCGCUUGGCUUCCUCCCCGUUUCCCCAACGCGAUGUCCCUCUGGGGAGACCCCCCUGGCUUCAGUAGCUUGAACGCUCCCACACUUCGCUGAGAGGCGGGUGGCAAGGGACUUGAGGAGGGGCAGCGGGACAGCCGGACAGCUGCCCUCCCCGAACCCAUCAGCAGAGGCCGCUCCGAGAGGCCGGGGAGGGGUGGGAUGGGCGAGCAGAAGCAGCGAGGGAGGAGCACCUUCCCAGACGUAUCCGGGCUGGGCAAGAUAGGGGAGUCACCUUCCGAACCCCUCGAAGGAAGGGGGUGAUGUAGAUGGAUGUCGGCCACCUUUCGCCCCCAUGUUUCUUCCUGUGUAUCUUCACCCUGCAGGAUGGCUCUCGGAGGGAGAAGAGGGAACGACAACGUUUUCAAGUCCCCCCCCCCCCUGAUUUUUCUUGCCUAAUCAUGCUGCUUUUUUUUUUCUUUUUUUUAAAGAAAAUUCUGUACAUAACCUUGCCCAUUCUCCUUUUCUUCUCCCCCCCCCUCCUCUCCCAAACUGCCGUAUAUUUCGCCCUGGGGAGAUGAAGGAGGAUAGUUUUUAGUUAAGGCACUUCUAAAACUUUGCAUUCUUACCUGUCGGAAGAUCAAGACCAGCAGCCGAGCUUCGGUGGAGCGCCGGGGAGGGGGGGGGGACUGGUGGGAAGACCCCGGGCUGGGCUGGCCACUGACCUUGCUUGGCAUCUUCUUCCGCUUCCCUCCCCCCCACCCCCGGCAAGGGAGGAGGAGAUGAACAUGAAUGAUUUUAUUAUUAUUUUUUAAAUACAUGUGGAUUAUCAUG